GAGAGCUCAGAAAACACAACCAGCAGGAAGAGAGCUGAGAGAACAGCUGAACAGAUUUUUUCUCUGUUUCAAGGAGAGCUGGACAAGAAUACAAACAAGUCACAAGAUUCAUCAGACUACAGGCAUCAUGACUGAUUCCAAGAAAAGUGAGAUGGAAAUUCGGGAUAAAGCCAUCCUGCAUCAGCAGAGGCAUCUGAAACAGGCAACACAGUUCACACACAAGGACUCUGCUGACCUGCUUCCUCUGGACGGGCUGAAGCGACUGGGGACAUCCAAAGACCUGCAGCCUCACAGUGUCGUGCAACGGCGCUUACUCGAAGGCAACAUCACCCGCCUGAAAAGGGAGGGCAGAGACUUUGGCUCCCAGGUUCGAUCGCCACUGGUGGAAGAGAAGGGUGAAGAGAAGGAGGAGAUCUCAAAACCAAGGGAGUCCCUGAUUGUCCACUGCACGUGCUGUGACAAGGAGGUCAAGGCCACCAUCAACACAGGGUACCAUCAGAACAUCGUAUCUCAGAGCUGCUUCAGACAAUUAGGGCUGACUGACAUGCAGGAAGUGAGCAGUGAUGAGGAAUCUGGUCACAGCUUCCCAGUCGGAUCCACAUUGAUGGGGCGAGUGGAGAAGUUAGAGCUCCUGAUAGGACAAGAGAAGGUGGAGUGCUCUGCACUUGUAGUUGAGGAUGAGACAUUUGAGCUGUGCCUUGGAUUACAGACUCUGCUGAACCUCAAAUGCUGUAUAGAUUUGGACAAAGGGGUCCUGAAGCUCAGAAAAUCCAGCGAGGAGUUGCCUUUCUUGGAGAGCCCGUUGAACCAGUAGAGCCACCGACUUUCCUUCAUCGUUUCACCAGCAAGAUGACCAGGCUGUAAUAAUCUUUGUGUUCCCUGAAUGUUUUUCUUGCAGGAUUUGUAUUUGUUUUUGGACGAUGGGUGGAAUUUUAUGAGUGAGACCUGACAAUCAAGCUGAAACAUCAAUAAAAAAAAGUCUCCUCUCUCUCUGCUGUUUUUGUGUUAAGGAAGAAUAAUCAGUUAAGGAUUCAACUUGUCAAGCAAAAGACUCCCUUUAUUUUUAAUUAAGUGGAAGGUAAGCCAUUGGUAGCACCUUGGUCAGAAGCUUUUGAAAACUCUGUAACGUAGUCCUGUCUAAAACCUGUGUCUUGUCCUAUGUAUCUAGCACAAGGUAAAAAGUAGCAGCAUUCAGUAAUACACUGACAACUGUGUUUAGACAUAUUACAAAGUGCACAAAAGAAGAAGUACACACUUUAUAAAUGUAUUUUCAUCAAAUAGAGAAGCUAAUGUACACAACUAUCAUUAUUUCCUGGAUAGAUGAUUCACACUGUCCCCAUAAACAGACUGCAGUACACCCAAAUCCUCAGAGAAGACAGUUCCAUCUCAGGUCAUGUUCAUCUCGUUAACUUAAUGCUCAGUUUACUCCCAAGGUGUUGGCAAGGACUUCUCAGUUACUUUUCUUGGUGUGUGUUUGUAUGUUGAUGAUAGUAUUUUACCAGGGAGCUGUUUUAUAUUCGCCUUAUGUUUCUCCUUUCUUAUUCUGCAGACCCCCCCCCUUGUUCCUCAAAAAAAAAACAGAGGAACUCAAGAAUGGAAUUUUUAGCCUGAAACUGGUUCUUAUCCCACACCACAAGCCAUGCCUACUUGUGAUAAACAAUGUAUCCCAGGACAUUUUAAUCUCCCUGUCAUGGUACCAAGAAAUUCAUGAAGGUGAUAAACUGAAAUUAAGUUGCCAAAAAUUGUAGUGUAAUUUAGUUAAAGUUCACUGGUAUAAGUGUUUGUCAAAAUAUAUUCUUGGAAGCCUGUUUUAACUUUUUCCUGCUUUCAGGAAUGGGAGAGAAUUCAAGAAGUCAUGCCAGUCGUUGUGUUGGGGUUCUGUGCAUUUAGUGGCAGGUUAAUACUUUAUCAAUACUACUACUUAACAUUGACAUUGUAAUUUCUUUGACAUUUUGACUCUCUCACUUUCUCAACGUCUUCAGUGAAUAUGCCCCAGAACGUAUUAGCUGUAGAGACAAGCUUUUUCUUCCACUCUCCUUGGAACCCGCUUUCCACAGCGCCAUAGACAUGGGGGUUUAUAAAUGUGCUUUUAUAGCUAGAAAACAACAUAUUCCUUUUUUUUAUGGUAAAACCAUCGCACAUAGGUAAAAUCAAAAAAUUCAACCACAUUGAGCAUUUAACAAAGCAGGUUUCACAUCAGAUGUUCCAUUUCCACUGUUUAGGAUACAUCCAGUUCUCGCUUUCUCUGUCCUCUUUUGUUUGCUGAUGAUCCUGCAAGUCUUGUAUGUGUCAAGAUUUAUUUAUAUAUUCUUUGCUUUUCUGUCAGCAUGGUUCAGUUUCAUUGGGGUUUUCCUUGUGCUGUAUGUAUACAAAAACAAACAAACAAAAAAACAGCCACUGUAUUUAUUUAAUGGUUUGCAUCUUU